CACUUGUUCUUGCCCCAGUUCACUAGAAACCUGUUUUCUGACCUCACUUCCCCUGUUCCAGUUUAAUCCACUCGGAUUCUUGAAAUCUGACCCUCUCCAGGGGCACUGUGACAAGAAGGGGAAAAGAAGCAGCCUUACCCUGGAGCUGGCUCCUGCCCCGCCCACGCCCCAACCCCGAUUAGGGGCCAGAGAUCCCGGAGGGAGCCCUACACGUCCCUGUGCCCUUGGGCUACACAUUUCGAUGACAUGGCCCUUUCUCUGUUCAGCAGCACUAGCUGCAAAAGCUUCCUUCUGCAGGUGCCUUGCUACUCAGAUAUGUGAGGAAAAGGGGGAGAUGGAAGCCCUAGAACCCAGGAUCAUCCUGGAACCAGGAGAAACCAGGUCACAAUUUGGGUUUGCAGCCAAAAUGCUUUCAGAGCAGACAGCAGCCCUGGGGGCCGGAUGGGAAUCAAUGAAUGUCCAGCUGGAUGGAGCAGAGCCCCAGGUGGAAAGGAGAAGCCAGGAAGAGGGGCCAUGGAGAACAGCUCCAGGGCCACUGGAACACCUGUGCUAUGACCUUGAAGAGGAGCCACAGUCUCUUCAGGAGAAGGCUCAGUCAGCUCCUUGGGUUCCUGCCAUUCCCCAGGAGGGGAGCACCGGAGACUGGGAGAUGGCAGCUGCACUACUGGCAGCCGGAUCACAGGGCCUGGUAACCAUUAAGGAUGUGUCGCUGUGCUUCUCUCAGGAGGAGUGGCGGAGCCUGGACCCCUCUCAGACAGACUUUUAUGGAGAAUAUGUCAUGCAGGAAAACUGUGGGAUAGUGGUCUCUCUGAGAUUUCCAAUUCCCAAACUGGACAUGCUUUCUCAACUAGAAGGUGGGGAAGAACAAUGGGUCCCUGAUCCCCAGGACUUGGAGGACAGGGACAUCCUGAAGGUCACAUAUACAGGAGAUGGAAGUGAGCACGAGGGGGACACCCCUGAACUAGAAGCAGAACCUCCCAGAAUGUUAUCCAGUGUGUCUGAAGAUACUGUUCUCUGGAAUCCAGAACAGGAUGAAAGCUGGGAUUCCAUGCCCAGGAGCUCCAGAGAAAUGCUUCUGGGCCCACCUUUUCUUCAGGAAGAUAGUUUCUCCAAUCUUCUGUGUAACACAGAGAUGGAUUCCCUUUUAAGACCCCACACAUGCCCUCAGUGUGGGAAACAGUUUGUGUGGGGCUCCCACCUUGCCAGGCACCAGCAAACCCACACUGGGGAGAGGCCCUACAGCUGCCUCAAAUGUGAGAAGAGCUUUGGGCGAAGACAUCACCUGAUCCGGCACCAGAAAACCCAUCUACAUGACAAACCCAGCAGGUGCUCUGAGUGUGGCAAGAAUUUCCGAUGCAACUCCCAUCUGGCCAGCCACCAGAGAGUGCAUGCAGAAGGCAGAUCCUGCAAGCCUCUAGAGGCUGGGGAGAGUCCCGGUGCCAGGAAACGGCAGCGCACCCCACCAGUGCCAAAGUGCCAUGUGUGCACCGAGUGUGGGAAGAGCUUUGGCAGAAGGCACCACCUGGUGAGACACUGGCUGACCCACACCGGGGAGAAGCCCUUCCAGUGCCCUCGCUGUGAGAAGAGUUUUGGCCGCAAACAUCACCUGGACAGGCACCUGCUGACCCACCAGGGACAAAGUCCCCGGAGUAGCUGGGACAGAGGGACAUCUGUCUUUUGAAAUCUGUUUCUCUGCAGCUGUGGUCAAACCCAUCAGUUGGUGCUACCAGGAGUCUCUGCCAGGGCUGCCCUUCUCCUGCACCCCAAUGACCAGAAUCAUGAGUGUUAGCCCCAUCUCUAGAAAGAUGAGGUUCCAGCAUUGGGCAGAGCAUUUCUCACCAGUUCUGUGAGACACGCACAAAAAUAGGGCUCUUUAUACAAAAAAUUUUGGGAAACAGUACAUACUAUAUGGGCUGAUAUUUAGCCUGAGCCCAUUUUCAAGGAUACAGUGGUACCAGCAGUUUGUGGCUGAGGUCCAUUUUGAUUGAUUGGAGCCCAUGCCACACGAGUUGUUAAAUACUUUCGAGUUAUCAGUCUUGUAUACUAUAACUAGUAUAUUUUCUCUCUCUUUCACACACACAUAUCAGCACAGUAUGCACAUUAGCAUACUAAGGCUCUGAAAACUUUUGCAGUAGAGCAAACUGUUAAGCCUGUCUUAAUGUGGUGUUUCCUAAAUUUAUUUGACCUCAGAACCCUUUCUAUUUCA